AUGAAGAUCCCAGUCCUUCCUGCUGCGGUUCUUCUCUCCCUCCUGGCGCUCCACUCUGCCCAGGGGGCUGCCCUGGGGAGUUCGGAGGAAGAAACCACCAUCGGCAAUUAUGCGGCAGGAGCUCAGGCUUUUAAGACGGAUGAAUUCCUGAACUGGCAUGCCCUCUUUGAGUCUAUCAAAAGGAAACUUCCAUUCCUGAACUGGGAUGCCUUUCCUAAGCUGAAAGGAAUGAGAAGCGCAGCUCCGGAUUCUCAGUAA